AUGGACGUGCUCUGGAAUAUCCUCGGGGUGGUGCGGGAACGCUUUCACAACAAUGUCGCUGCAGCGGUGAUGAAUACGCCGAUAGAGAAGUGGAUCAAGCUGGUGAUCAUUGCUGGCGCUUACAUGCUGCUGAGGCCUUAUAUAAUCAAGCUCGGCGGGCGCGCUCAGAUGAGAUCACACGAAGAAGAGGCGGCCGAGUCAGAAGCGGCAUACCAAAAGGCGCAAAUCUCGCCCAACCAGCUCCGAGGCCAGGUUGAUAUUCCCGAAGACAGCGACGAUGAAACCGAGGAAGGCGCCCUAGCAUCCGGUGCAGACUGGGGCAAGAAGGCGAGGAGAAGGCAGCGUGACAUGAUCAAGAAGCUGCUCGAUGCCGAGGAGCGUCGCCUGCAGGAGACACUAGAGGAGGAAGAAGACAAAGACAUCGAGGAGUUCCUAAUCCCUAGCUGA